AUGGCUUACACACUUCUCCACAUGGGUGAAACUAAAAUCCAACCCUGGUCAGGACCCAGGAUUCCAGAACUGAGGGAUGACAUCUGCAUCCCAGACUACUGCUGUCUCCAUGACAACGCAGAGGAUGCGGGAGAGAAUCCAAACCCAUCCUCUUCAGUCCAAGCAGACUCUAACCCUGACACCGAGACCGAUGAUCCAGACAGUAACGUGGACAUCAAUGCCUGGUUUGGGCCGGCGGGCACCGUCUCCCCUCUCCAUACCGACCCUAAGCAUAACUGCUUAGCCCAAGUCGUCGGCAAGAAGUUUGUCCGUUUGUACGACGAGGCUAUGACGCCCUAUCUAUACCCUCACGAGGACCGUCUUCUCCACAACACUAGUCAGGUUGAUGUUGAAAACCCAGACUUGUCCCGCUUCCCGCUCUUCUCCUCAGCCGUCUUCCAAGAGGCUGUCCUCAAUCCAGGGGAGAUGCUGUACAUUCCCCCAAGAUGUUGGCACCACAUCCGAUCCCUCACCACCAGUUUCUCUGUCAGUUUCUGGUGGAUGUAGCAUCCCCUCUCCUCGUCCAUCUUC